GACAAAAGACACCUCUUUGUUCUUUUGUUUGCCGGCUAACGGCGCUUCCCAACACACUUACUGCGGCAAUAAAAGCAUUUAUAGUGGGUUUAAAAAGACGAGCGGAGCGGCUUCCGGUCCCGCACUGUCAUGUAGCUGGUAGCUAGCCGACGGCUAACGAGGAUGCUGCUCGCGAUUUGCAUGACAACAGCGAAAACUAAUAUUAGCCUCCUUCAGCCAAUCGAGGUAGAUAUCGAUAUCUGGAUUGUGCUGGAUUUGACUCGACUAUUGGGUAGAUGUUUGUUUUCAGGUUUCAUCGAACAUUUACCAUUUUUCUCUGUGUUUUUUUGUCUUUUCCCCCCUUUGGAUGUGAGCGAUGUAGGAGUGAACCAUCACACACGUUAGCUCACUCUUGCCAUAUGGUUCACUAUUUGGCACCAGGGGGAUAAUGUUGCUGCUUUUCAGCUCUCAAAGCUGUGAAUCUGUAUUUCAUUCUCUGUGCUUCGAUCGUAUUUUCUUGUCCUGGUGUAGAUUAUAAAGUGAGAACAAGGGUUUCUAGCUCACAGCACAGACCUCAUCUGAGUGGGUGGUAUUUAUUUAAUCUGCCAUCAAGAAGUAACAGAAACAUGUUUAUAUUUCUUAGGUUUGUAAUAUUGCGGCAUUAAUAGCGGCGGUUCAUCGAUGUUUCUAAUGAAGGACAAUUAGUACCAAGAAUUCAGAGAACCAUGUCUAGGAAGUGAGCGACGGCGAUGGAAGGGAAAGGCCCGUACCGCAUCUAUGACCCCGGUGGGAGUGAGGUCAAGGCCCGGGAGGAGGCCGGCGGGGGGGGCAGCUACAGGCAGCUCCUGGAGGAGAACGGCAUCCUGAGGGAGCGCAUGAGGGGACUGAGGAGCUUAGGCGAGUUGCUGGAAGAGUCUCAAUCGGAAGCGUCGAAGCUCCGUCAGCGGGUGGAGGAGCUGGUGAGAGACAACGAGGCCCUCAAGUCCUCCAGCUUCGCCGCCAGUCUGUGCAUGGGAGGGCCGGUUCACACGGAGGCGCAGAGCAGGCCUCACGUACUUGAUGGUAAACACUGUUUACACCCCGCUGCCGAGCAGAAGGAGGAGCAGGCCAGCUGCUCGGGGAAGACCCUCCAGCCCGAGAAGCCCAGCGAGGCCUCAGAGUUCGAGGUGGUGAAUGUAGAGGGGAAGACUUCAGAUGUCUUGACUGCCGGGUCCGCGGUCCCCGUCGUGCCUCAGGAGAACAUCGGGCUGGUCAGCCAGCUGAAGAGACUGGAGAGCUCCUUCAGCAUCUUCGCCGAGGAGUCCAACCCCAACCAGCUGCUGGCUCACCUGGGGCGCAUGGCGGUGGAGUUCCACCACCUGUCCUCUAAGGUCCAGAAGAAUGAGCAGAGGACUUCCCUCCUACAGACUCUCUGUGAGCAGCUCAGACAGGAGAACAAUGAGCUCCGGAAGAAGAUGGACGAGGAUCAUCACAUCAGGAACCACGACCUGGACCAGCUGAGGCAGGAGAAUCUGAAGCUCAAGGAGCUGGUGACGGGACCAGCAGCGACACUCGACACCGAGGAGCCGGUGAAGGAGGAAUCGGCUGCGGUGAGACCCAAGAUGGAGGCCACCACCCCGCAGAAGAGUGGAAAAGCUGCAGAGAAAAGCCAGAGUCGGCCGUGUGACGUCGAGGUGUACGAAAAGAAGAUCAAGCUUUUGGAGAAGCAGAGGAAGGAUGUUCUGGAGGUGAACAAGCAGUGGGACGUCCAGUGGACCUCCAUGAAGGCCCAGUUUGAACAGAAGAUCACAGACCUCAGGCAGCGGCUGGCCGAGUCCCAGAAGACGGUGGUUGAGCUGGAGGCGGAGCGCGAGCAGCGGCAGCGCGACUACGACAAGAAGCUGCUGCUCGCCAAGUCCAAGAUUGAGAAUGUGCAGGGGGAGAAGGAGUGCCUCAACUCUGAGACCACGGAGCUGAAGCAGAAGAUCCGCUACCUGCAGGACCAGCUGCUGCCCCUCAGCAAGCAGAGGGAGUACCAGGAGAAGGAGAUCCAGCGGCUCAACAGGGCUCUAGAGGAGGCCCUGAACCUGCACACCCCGUCAGCGUCUCAGCAGCCGCCGGGUCAGAGCACCUUCGCCGACGCAGCCAAUAACCUGAAGAAACAGGAGCUGCUCACUCAGAUCGCUGUGCUGAAGGAACAGGUGAAGAUCUUUGAAGAAGACUUCAGGAAAGAGAGGAGCGACCGCGAGCGCAUGAACGAGGAGAAGGAGGAUUUGAGGCGGCAGGUUGAGAGACUUCAGGGUCAGAUCACUAAUCUGACCAAUCAGCUCCACCAGGCACAGAACGAGUGUCAGAGGGAGCGGACGGAGCGAUGUAAGCUGGAGCGACUCCAGAUGCAGCACCACAAACAGGUGGGACCGCAGGGCCCCGAGGGCUGGCCCACACACUUCCCUCCCCGGAUGCCCAAUGCAGCCGGCGCCACCGCACCGCCCCCCGUACGAGACCUCCAGCCCGUUGCCCCGGGUUUUCCGUGGCAGUCGUCGUUCCCGCAGCCGAGAGGAGCCAGAGCCGUGGGCGAGAGCUCCAGACCCCCCGCCGAGAAUGCAGACCAGUCCUCCGCCGCAGCGACAACAACAACAACAACAGCCUCUGCAGCGACGGCCACGACGGCCGGAUUUGGGAAAAGGGAGCGACAGAACAUUGACCCCGGAAAGCACUAAAGCAUCACGCCCACCAAGAGGAUUCUGGGUAGUAGCAUGAAAUCAGUUUGUUUUUGAGUUGACACGGUGUGAUUUGACCUAUAAUUUUCCUACUGAAGUGUAGAUAUCCUAUUGUAAUGUUGUUUAUACUUGCGUUUUAUAAGGAUAUUUGUGGAACACUUCGCUGAGUAUAUACAUUAAAUAUUAUUUACUUUAGGUUUGUUUUGUUUUUUAUCAGGAACUGAAGUCAUUCAUUAAAAUAGGUUGGAAUAAUUAACAUUGAUCUUUUUUUCCAGAGAGUAUACCUCCGUGCUUGUAUCUCUGUAACGACCCGACGCGUGUUACAGGAAGCCAUCCCCCCAAUGAACAUGUCCUCAUUCCCUCGCUGAACGUCAUGCGUGUGCAUUACGUCAUCGACCGCGUGAUCUCCUCGGUCCCAUCGAUGUUAUAGAAAUAUGUCCCAUGCGUGUAACUGUUCAAAAAGUGGUUGUUGGAAUACAAAAAUGUUGGGAAAAUGACAUUUUCAUGGUAUCAUACCAAAAAAAACAUGAUUGUGAUUAUUGAUAAUUUAUUUAUAACCUGCUGUUUUGAUAGUUGCAUUGACUCCGUGUGAAUCAUCGUCUUUAGUAACGCUGUUCUUUCUAUGUCGUUAGUGUAACCCCAAUAUAUCGUAGCUAUUGACAUUGUCCGUUUGUAUCAGACACAAUACACAAUGCACAGGACAUACACACAACCCUUUGUUCCCAUGACGAUGGACCUAAUCUCAUUAAACACAACUUCUACUUGAUUUGACCACUCAUUCCGAUCCUCAUGCUCAUCGUAUACUGCAUCCUGUGUCAUCGCCCACAGCUCAGCCCCGACGCCCAGGAUCUGGACCUCUAAGAUCUAGACCUGCAGAUGGAGACCUCUUCCCUUCGUAGAGGUGUAGUCAGUGCAGCUAGUACUGAAACAUUAAAAACGUUGCUCGAGCAUCAGAGGAAGAUUUUCACCAGUAUUUAGGGGCCCCAGAUCCAAUUGUUGCGCAAUACAGCUGUAACUCCUCCCCCAGGAGGUGUGGCUCUGCUCUCUGCCCCGUGAUUGGCUGAGAAGUCAAGAGCCUCGAUAACGGGACAGUUACCGUUAGAUCCCCCUCCGGUAGAAGGGCUCUACAGUGUGCAGCGGUUGGAAGACGCUCCGUGUUAAAGUCCCGGCGAGCGGACAGGAAACGUUUUGCCGAAUUGCACUUUGAAGGUUGCGCUGUAGUUACUGGCAGUUGUAUUUUAUUGGUUUGUAGAAGUUUCUUUCUCUUUUUUUGCUGUAGGCAAAAGCACAUGUGAGACUUUUUGUAUUUGACUGGCUUAAUAAAUCUAUUCUAAAUGUC